AUGUCGAUCACCUGCUUGUUGGAUGGAGGUAGGAGAUGCGCCGUUGUUAGGGCCAUAAUUGGUGAGAGAGACCACGGAGAAGGUCUUGCCAAUGAAGGGUAUCAUCGGUUCAGAAAGAAGAGCAAGUUGGUACCUAGAUUAGUGGGACCAUAUGAGAUCAUUGAGAGGAUUGGUAAUGUGGCUUACAAACUAGCUCUACCACCUACUUUAGCUAAGAUUCAUAACGUGUUCCACGUAUCUUUAUUGCGGAAGUGUGUGCAAGACCCUUCCCAAAUAGUAUCACUAGAAGUGUUGGAGAAUAGUGACGAUCUAAAGUAUGUGGUGCGAUCAGUUACUAUUCUAGACCAGGAUGUAAAACAGUUGCGGUGCAAGAAAGUGAACUUGGUGAAAGUGCAAUGGAGCGAGAAUGAGAACGAUAUCACUUGGGAAUUAGAAGAGAAAGUUCGGCGUAUGCACCCAGAACUUUUUGUUUAG